CAGGUAUGACCCCUAUCACCUUUAGCUAGACCGUUCUUCUAUGGUGGACUCGUCACCCAGGCAAGGGUGGACACACCCACAAGCCCCCACCGGCCUCGCUAUAAACACUUUAGACCUGCGGUGAGAGAUUUAUUGGAAGAAAAACCCACAACUGGAAGCAAACCACGACUGAAGACGAGGGAACAGCAGCAAGUGAACCAGCCCGAGGACUGAGAGCACCGACUGGAGAGAAACCCUUCUGACUCAGGGUUUCCAUUGAUUCAGUCAGGAGCAAGUCUGGUUAAAUAUGACAAGGAAUUUGUCUAUGGGAAUCUCGAACACAACACGCCAGUUUUGCUGUCUCUGUCCAGAUAUUUAGGAAGAGGAGCAAGGGAUUCACUCGAUCAUCAGAACAACUGGCGUGCCGGUCAUUUUACACGGGGGGAAUGCAUUCAUCUGCUCAGGCAGUGGGAACGGAUUCACUCGGUCAUUUCAACUGAAGGUACAUCAGCAAGUUCACACCGGACAAGGCCAUUCACCUGUUGUAAGUGUGAGAAGGGAUCUAGUCAGUUAUCCCACUUGUGGACACACCAGUCAGUUCACACUGGGCAGAGGCUGGUCAUUUGCUGAGUUUGUGGGGAAUGAAUCACUCGAUCAUCUAACCGAAUGGCACACCAGUCAGUUCACACUAGAGAGAGGCCAUUCACCUGCUCAGACUGUGGGAAGGGAUUCACUUGCUCAUCUAACCUGAAGGAACAUCAGAGAGUUCACACUGGAGAGAGGCCGUUCACCUGCUCAGACUGUGGGAAGGGAUUCAGUUCUUCGUCCCAUCUGAAGGUACAUCAGCGAGUUCACACUGGAGAGAGGCCGUUCACCUGCACAGACUGUGGGAAGGUUUUCACUUCUUUGUCCCAACUGAAGGUACAUCAGCGAGUUCACACCGGGGAGAGGCCAUUCUCCUGCUCAGACUGUGGGAAGGGAUUCACUUGCUCAUCUAAACUAAAGGAACAUCAGCGAGUUCACACUGGAGAGAGGCCGUUCACCUGCCUAGACUGUGGGAAGGGAUUCACUUGCUCAUCUGAAUUGAAGGGACAUCAGCGAGCUCAUACUGGAGAGAGGCCGUUCACCUGCUCAGACUGUGGGAAGGGAUUCAGUUCUUCAUCCCAUCUGAAGGUACAUCAGCGAGUUCACACUGGAGAGAGGCCGUUCACCUGCACAGACUGUGGGAAGGGAUUCACUUCUUUGUCCCAACUGAAGGUACAUCAGCGAGUUCACACCGGGGAGAGGCCAUUCUCCUGCUCAGACUGUGGGAUGGGAUUCACUUGCUCAUCUAAACUAAAGGAACAUCAGAGAGUUCACACUGGAGAGAGGCCGUUCAGCUGCCUAGACUGUGGGAAGGGAUUCACUUGCUCAUCUGAAUUGAAGGGACAUCAGCGAGCUCAUACUGGAGAGAGGCCAUUCACAUGCUCAGACUGUGGGAAGGGAUUCACUCGACCAUCCCACCUACAGCUGCACAGGUCUGUUCACACUGGGGAGCGGCCGUUCACCUGCUCAGACUGUGGGAAGGGAUUCACUCGACCAUCCCACCUACAGCUGCACAGGUCUGUUCACACUGGGGAGCGGCCGUUCACCUGCUCAGACUGUGGGAAGGGAUUCACUCGACCAUCCCACCUACAGCUGCACAGGUCUGUUCACACUGGGGAGCGGCCGUUCACCUGCUCAGACUGUGGGAAGGGAUUCACUUGCUCAUCUAAACUGAAGGAACACCAGCGAGUUCACACUGGGGAGAGGCCAUUCACCUGCUCAGACUGUGGGAAGGGAUUCACUUCUUCGUCCCAACUGAAGAUACAUCAGCGUGUUCACACUGGACAGAGGCCAUUCACCUGCUCAGUGUGUGGGAAGGGAUUCACUCAGUCAUCUAAACUGAAGGAACAUCAGAGAGUUCACACUGGGGAGAGGCCAUUCACCUGCUCAGACUGUGGGAAGGGAUUCACUUCUUCGUCCCAACUGAAGAUACAUCAGCGUGUUCACACUGGACAGAGGCCAUUCACCUGCUCAGACUGUGGGAAGGGAUUCACUCAGUCAUCUAAACUGAAGGAACAUCAGAGAGUUCACACUGGGGAGUGGCCGUUCACCUGCUCAGAAUGUGGGAAGGGAUUCAUUAAAUCAUCUCACCUACAGUUGCACAGGUCUGUUCACACCGGGGCGAGGCCGUUCACCUGCUCAGACUGUGGGAAGGGAUUCACUUGCUCAUCUAAACUGAAGAUACAUCAGCGAGUUCACACUGGGGAGAGGCCAUUCACCUGCUCAGACUGUGGGAAGGGAUUCAGUUCUUCGUCCCAUCUGAAGGUACAUCAGCGAGUUCACACUGGAGAGAGGCCGUUCACCUGCACAGACUGUGGGAAGGUAUUCACUUCUUUGUCCCAACUGAAGGUACAUCAGCGAGUUCACACCGGGGAGAGGCCAUUCUCCUGCUCAGACUGUGGGAAGGGAUUCACUUGCUCAUCUAAACUAAAGGAACAUCAGCGAGUUCACACUGGAGAGAGGCCGUUCACCUGCCUAGACUGUGGGAAGGGAUUCACUUGCUCAUCUGAAUUGAAGGGACAUCAGCGAGCUCAUACUGGAGAGAGGCCGUUCACCUGCUCAGACUGUGGGAAGGGAUUCAGUUCUUCAUCCCAUCUGAAGGUACAUCAGCGAGUUCACACUGGAGAGAGGCCGUUCACCUGCACAGACUGUGGGAAGGGAUUCACUUCUUUGUCCCAACUGAAGGUACAUCAGCGAGUUCACACCGGGGAGAGGCCAUUCUCCUGCUCAGACUGUGGGAUGGGAUUCACUUGCUCAUCUAAACUAAAGGAACAUCAGAGAGUUCACACUGGAGAGAGGCCGUUCAGCUGCCUAGACUGUGGGAAGGGAUUCACUUGCUCAUCUGAAUUGAAGGGACAUCAGCGAGCUCAUACUGGAGAGAGGCCAUUCACAUGCUCAGACUGUGGGAAGGGAUUCACUCGACCAUCCCACCUACAGCUGCACAGGUCUGUUCACACUGGGGAGCGGCCGUUCACCUGCUCAGACUGUGGGAAGGGAUUCACUCGACCAUCCCACCUACAGCUGCACAGGUCUGUUCACACUGGGGAGCGGCCGUUCACCUGCUCAGACUGUGGGAAGGGAUUCACUCGACCAUCCCACCUACAGCUGCACAGGUCUGUUCACACUGGGGAGCGGCCGUUCACCUGCUCAGACUGUGGGAAGGGAUUCACUUGCUCAUCUAAACUGAAGGAACACCAGCGAGUUCACACUGGGGAGAGGCCAUUCACCUGCUCAGACUGUGGGAAGGGAUUCACUUCUUCGUCCCAACUGAAGAUACAUCAGCGUGUUCACACUGGACAGAGGCCAUUCACCUGCUCAGUGUGUGGGAAGGGAUUCACUCAGUCAUCUAAACUGAAGGAACAUCAGAGAGUUCACACUGGGGAGAGGCCAUUCACCUGCUCAGACUGUGGGAAGGGAUUCACUUCUUCGUCCCAACUGAAGAUACAUCAGCGUGUUCACACUGGACAGAGGCCAUUCACCUGCUCAGACUGUGGGAAGGGAUUCACUCAGUCAUCUAAACUGAAGGAACAUCAGAGAGUUCACACUGGGGAGUGGCCGUUCACCUGCUCAGAAUGUGGGAAGGGAUUCAUUAAAUCAUCUCACCUACAGUUGCACAGGUCUGUUCACACCGGGGCGAGGCCGUUCACCUGCUCAGACUGUGGGAAGGGAUUCACUUGCUCAUCUAAACUGAAGAUACAUCAGCGAGUUCACACUGGGGAGAGGCCAUUCACCUGCUCAGUGUGUGGGAAGGGGUUCACUCAGUCAUCUGAACUGAAGGUACAUCAGCGAGUUCACACUGGGGAGAGGCCAUUCACCUGCUCAGACUGUGGGAAGGGAUUCACUAAAUCAUCUCACGUACUGAGACACCAGUCAGUUCAUACUGGCGAAUGGCCGUUCACCUGCUCAGACUGUGGACUGUGGGAAGGGAUUCACGUGCUCAUCUAA